AUGAAGGCGAAAGGUGAACAGUGUCGGAGGGAAGACAGACGCCUGGCGGCCGCCGCCGUAGUGCACGGUCCCGGUGCAGAGGAGCGGACGGAGCCGUGCACGCGCAGCGCCCUGCUGGACCAAAGUCGGCGGCACCGGACAGCUUUCACGCGCGAGCAGCUGUCCCGGCUUGAGCAGGAGUACGGCAAGGAGAGCUACGUGUCCAGACCCCGGCGCUGCGAGCUGGCCACAGCUCUCAACUUACCGGAGACAACGAUAAAGGUGUGGUUCCAGAACAGGAGGAUGAAGGACAAACGGCAGAGACACUCCUUACCAUGGCCUCACCCUCUUGUCGACCCGCUGGGGGCACUCCUCUUAGGCCGUGCCUCCCCUUCCUCCACCUUGCCAUACCCCUUCAUCCCGCCCCACCUCCCCCACCUCCCCCUCCCCCACCACCACCACUACCCCCUGGCUCUGUCCUCACCAGCAUCCUCAGCUCACAGUCGCUACAGCACACCCAUGAGGACCCUGGAUGCUCUCCGCCUCUCCCAGUACCACAACAGAGCGGGGGCGCUGCCUCCGACCACAGCAGCCCUCUACCCUUCCACCGGCAUCAUGCACCACCCCGCCUCAUGUCCCUGCCCUCUCUGCCUCCACUGGGGACCAGAACAACUGCUGAAAGCAAGAGGCGAGGCACUGGGAUUGAGCCAGCCCCGUAGUCCCAAAGCCAACAUCCAGCCUGCAGGCCUGGAGCGGAGAGAAGAGAUGGUGUAA